CUAGUAUUAAGAAGGACUUUUUAUGCUUUGUAAAAAAAUCUUUUAUUUAAAAUUGAAGCCUUGAAACGUUUGUUGUUUCUACAUUAUCCGGAGGAGUUGGUUUUGAGGCGGACUUGAAGUUUCAUUUAGAAAACUGACGCCUAUUCAAUAUGUUCAACAAAAUUUGUUCAAUGACUUUUUAAUUAAGAGAAAAAAUGAAGAUUGAGCAGGAAUUUCGUAGAUUGUACAUUCUCUCCCGCUUUUCGAUUUCUGCAACAGACUGGAACGAAAUUGCAUCUGAACUAUUAAUAAUUAUCACGAUUAAUAUCACAAACAGAAGAUGCAGCGAUAACAGGAUUGAAUGAAUUGCAAUUGCCCCAUUGAAUAUCUCCCAUGGCGACGAUAAUUUCAUGCAUCAUCGAUUUCCUUUGGUAGACUUGGUAACUUCAAAACUUGGGAUAUGUGCCUUGAAGAUAAUCAACAUGGCACAUUCUCCAGAAAUAGACUACGAUCAGUUGAAGAUGGUUGCUAUGAAUGUAACAACACAUAAUGAAGCUGAACAUGAUUUUUUCAUGACAACAUAUCCGUCAAUAUUUAUUCGACCUUCUAGAACUGAACCUGGAAUUCCAAAUCGACCAACCAAGAGUUUUCUACAGUCACAUCCAUAUUAUGGACAGAAACCGAAGUCCAGGCAUGGAGUAACAAGAGCAAAAAUGGAAACUCAAACUGACCCUUUUGCGAAACAAGAUGCAAGUGAAGAUGCAAGAGCAAGUACUGCAAGUAGUACUUCAAAAGAAUUGCUGCAUCGCGAAGAACUGGUCACAGAAUUACAUCAAAUAAUAUUAAAAUUUCCUUUUGAAAGAAGUCGUAAAGAGCACAAAAGAGUAUUUGAGUUGUUUUUUGAGCUUGCUCCUGCAGAACUAAUAUCAUGUAUUGAUAACAAAAAUGAGAAAAUUAUAUUACAGCAACUCGUACAUGCCGCAACGCAUGUAGUGUAUCCAGAUACUGGAAUGACUGUAUUUGGGAAUUCUGGUUUGUUCAUGAUAUUAAAAGGCUCUGUAAGGCCACAAGCAUUUCCAUAUCUCAAUCUCAAAAAUUUGUCUGAUAAGGAGGAAAAUAUUUUAUCUCGGACGCAAACUCCAAUUCUAAAAAGAAGACACAUCAAACUUACUGCCAGCGACUGCUUUGGAACAUUUGAAAAAGUGCCAGGAAAAUCCGAUAAUUCAAAAAUUUUCUCUGUAAUCACUAGAGAACCUUGUGAAUUUUUGAAAAUUUCCUGCAAUGACUUCAAAAGAAUUAUCACAAAAAUCACGGAAGAAGAACAGUCAAAGAAGAUGUCAUUGAUUCAGUCCUGUUCUUCAUAUAAAAAUUGGCCAAAUCUUUCUAUAAAAGCCCUUGCAAGAUGUGUCGAAUGGCAACACUACUCUGCGAAUACAAUUAUUCUGAAUGAAGGUGAGGUUUGUCCAUUCAUCGGAUUUAUUAAAUCUGGAAGAUGUGAAAUAUUCAAGUCUGUUGAGGCAGUAAAGACGCUUCCGAACAAUAGAAAGAUGAGGAUAAGAAAACAAGUUUGCAUGGGGGUUCUAACUACUGGUGAUUCUGUUGGUGAAACAAGUAUGUUGAUGCAGGAAUUGCUGACCUGUUCCGUUAUUGCUAGGACAGAUGUUGAAAUAGGAAUUAUAAAGGAGGAGAGAUUGAAUGACAUUGAUGAUACAACUCGCACACUACUCAUCCAAUCUUCUAAACCAACAUUUUCUAAUUUAACUGAGGAUGAUAUUCAACAAAAUUUCAUCGCACAAGAGAUGAAGCUGGAUUGGGAGAAAUUGAAGCAUAAAGUAUUGUUGAAAACCAUUAAUUACUGCGGCAUACGCCCAGGGUACGGAAAAUGGUCUCAUUGAGAAUUCAAUGUUUCAUCACAACAGCCAUCAUUUAUUUGGUUGAAUUUAUCGUGCUUAUUGACUAUUUAUGUUUUCAGUACGCACAUCUGCCUGAAUAAAUGUCUUUACCUAGAGAUUUUAUUACUUUUGCAUUAUCAGGAAAUAAAAUGUAUUUAAUUUCUUA